AUGUAUGAUGAUCUCUCUGCAAAACAAAAAUCAAUGGAUGUUAAAUUAACAACAUGCAGUAAAAGAAUACGCGAACUUGAAGAAUUAGUAUAUGAUCUCGAAGAAGAUCUUUAUUUUGUCACCGAAAAACUCGAGGAACAAGAAAGGCGAUCCAGACUCGACAACCUUGAGUUUCACGGUCUUCCUCCUACAGUGAAUGAAGACACAGACAAAAUAAUAAUGGAGAUUGGCAAAUCCAUCCAUGUCGAUAUCAAACCCUCAGACAUCUCUGUCACUCACCGUAGUCCAACUCACAAUACUAAUAUUCACAAACCUAUUAUAGUCAAGUUUACUAACAGAAAAAUACGGAGCAAAAUUCUGAAAAAUCGGCACCUUAUCAGAACUGCUGCCAAUGGACCAUUAACAAAAAACUUAUCAAAAGCUUUUAUUGUGGAAAACCUAACUGAAAAAAACAAAAAUCUUUUCUAUCAAGCUAAAAUCCUCAAAAAGCAAUGCGGAUACGCUUUUCUUUGGACUUCUAAUGGAAGAGUGCUAGUGAAAAAAAACAAGGACACCAGUCCCCUAUCAAUAUCUGACGAAGAAGACUUAAAAAAAAUCAGAUAA